AUGUUUGCUCCGAUUACAUCCCUCACCUUGGGUGCGCGGGAUUUUAUGGACACGUCGCUCCAUACCGCAAUUUGCGCGGCGGGGCUACGAGCGAGCGCCAUACUGCACCCAUGUUGGUGUGCCCCAGGACCACAACACCCUGAUUCAACAGGCCUUGAGUAUCGCUGCAAGCCUUUCAGAGGCUCUGUGGCUUCAUGGCAUUCAAUAUCAUCAUUGAAUGCCUCUUUUAUGCUCCCCUCUUCCUCCUGGAGGACGGGGAGCGUCAACGGACCGCACAACAGGGUUGAACACUUUAUACCCCCCCGUAAGAUCAAUAGCUAUCGGGGGGUAGAAGGCGCCGUGGUGCAGCGGUCAGGUCAAACUACCCCCCUGAGGAUCGAAGGCCAACAACCGAAUCGACGACACCCCGAGUUCGAAACCCCGACGAAUCACGAAAAAAUCGACAACUUCCUGGACUAA